AUGACCAAAGUACAGAAGGCAAAGACCGACGUGCCGUCGAGGGCUGACAGCUUCAAUCGGAUGCUCGAGCUGGAGAAGAAGUGCAAGACCCAGAUCAUGAAAGCCGUACGGCGGAGCUCUGGCCUGCCAUCUCUUUCCAUUUCCGUACCCCCAUCGCCAACUCAAACCUUGGCCGUGAGGACCGAUGGAUCUGAUGAAUCAUUACCGCCGGGGAAAGACGAGCGCACAAAGACGGUGAUGUUUUCGGAUCCCGAAGAGGAUGUAGACAUUGACUUGUCAGACGAGUCCUCCAUCUGCCAUUCGCCUAGUUGGGAGCAAUACGGUCAGAAGAAAAAGAAGAAACCGAAGAAGCGGGAGACUGAGCAGAGCAGAAAAGAAGAGGACGACAAAGGCCCCAAGAAGCGUAACAGGCUGAGCAAGUUUCAACUGCAGGGUAUCCCGGGAGUGAAACCAUUGACAGCGACGGAUCGGUCAAUAUCAGCACCUGAACUCGAGCUUUAUUCCAAACACGACAAGGGGAGCGCUCUCGCUUCGGCGACCGCGUUACGGGACAUCAUGACCAACCGCCAAGGCGCUGGAAAGGGGCUGGCGCAUGAGGUCAAAGCCAAGCCGAAGAGUAGGGGUUUCCUCUCCAGCUUCAGGCUGCAACAUGGCAAUGUUGCUGCCGUGCAAAAGAUAAUGGAGACGCGGACCAGCGUCGACGACAACCAAUACCAACAGAACGAACACUUGGAGGCGCCAUCUAUGCAGAAAGCCCCCGCGACGAACACUGGAGCCGACCUGAGCUUCACCAACCCGCGAAAGCCUCCCUCCAUCAGAUCAGACGUCUCAAACUCAACUCCAGUCACCUCCUCACAGGAUAAGAGGUCUUCUUGGGCUCGCAGCUCAAUCAGUUCUGGCCACGGACGCUCGCAGUCUCUGCUCUCCUCGACCUUGAACAAACUCAAAGGGCCAUCCUAUCUCUAUUACCACCCCACUGAGGAUACCGAUGGCGCCCAGACCAGGCGGCCAAGCAGCUCCCACGAAGUCAAACCUGUACACGAGCGACACAGAGAAAUUCCUCCCGAGAAGGUUACGGAGACGCCAUUGAAACCACACCUCAACCCCAUCGAGCAGGUGCCGCACCAACCCGAACAUACGUUCUCACCAAAGCCCAGGCGAGCCACAACUGAGCCGGGGCCUGAAAUUCUUCCUCGGGGAAGGCAACAUCGAACCCAUGCUGUCCAACUACGAGAUCCCAGCAGCGACUAUGAACCGCCUGCAAUACUGCCGUCUAAAGAACGCCGAACCCAGAUAGAAACGCCACUUGCCUCAACCCGAGAUUCUGUGAUGGCCUUAGUCAUGGCACAAGAGAAGCAGUCCCGGAACGAAAGACUAUCCCAACACACAAGACCAGAUCCGGACAGGAUGGGUCAGGUGGAUGAUCUCAGGAGCUACAGGAGCCGUGGGCAUGAGUCUGGGCGGAAGCGCGCAAACUCUAGCCAGUCCAAUGACCACACUCACCUACACGCUGAGAACCGAAUGGAGCCCCAGCAGAAGCCAGUCGUGGUACCUUCCAACCAGAGUCAGAGCACCUCAUCACUGAAUGGCGACCAAAUUGAUCGCCUUGACGUCAACCGCAGGUGCACCCAAGAAGAAGAUCCGAUCUCCGUGGGGACACACGCCUUAACUAUUCGUCCACUGUCCCGAAGCCAAGACCGCAGCAGCUCUUGCGUCACGAGCAUGAGGCAUGCCGCCCCAACAGUAUCACCUGAGUUGGGCAACAUUGGAGAGGCUGUGACACCAGAAGGUUCCACUGAGCAGGCAGAAGCGGUACAAGAGAACAACUCCUAUGAGGAUCUCAUUACGUUCGAUUUCGAGACGCCCACGACGAUUCAACAGCCAUUACAGCCGCAUCGAUCUGCUGACUAUUUCGCCUUCGUCAGUGAGGCGUAUGCUCCACCGGCGUUGGAACUGCGCUCGCCGUUGGAUGGCAAGUUCCCUUCCCCGCGAAUUCCUGAAGAACCAGAAGAGGAAGAUGCCGACGAUGCUUUCUUCCUGAAUCAUCCAGAUCAUAGUAUGGGAACUGCCACUGUCGAUCCAGUAGCGUAUCACGCUGUUUCUCAUGCGGUUACCUCGCACCCUAAGACGACAGGAAAACCCUUGUAUGAGCAGAAAUCGAAGAACUCGCCAGCGAUAUCUGCUCACCAGUCGGACAGCGACGUACCCGCAUUCGAACGCCUUGGCAUACCGCCGAAAGCAGCAAAGGUUCUCGCAGGAGUCGAGACAGCUAGCGCCUCAGUCUCUCAGCCGCACCAGACAGAGCCAAGUCGGGGUACGUCAGAGAGGUCGUCGUCCUCAACGUACGAUGAUGCAUACCUGUCCCCUUCUCCCACCACUACUCCCGACAGUUCGAGACCUGGAUCUCGAAAGGGUCUUCCGCCAUCACAAGCAGGCGAAUCGCCAGAAACACCAAUUGGGCCAAUCGCGCAUAGUGAGGAGUGGGUUUCUCGUCAACUAUAUCGACAGCCGUCGGUCGAUUCUCCAAGCAACUCAGUCUCCCGGGCUACUAGUAGAGACAACAGAACCGCAAACCUCAUUGGUCUUGACCACCAACCAACACCGACAUUCAUGAGGCGUGAUGGACUUACAUCUAAUCCAUCUCUAGUGGCAACGCCGACUUCGGUGACUUUUGCCGAGGUUUCAAGGGAAGACUUGAACGAUGAACUAGCGAAUAUAUUUCCAAGACGAACGCCUUUGCCGCCUAGGGCCCAGUCUGCUCUCGAACUACACUCACCGACCAAAGCGCAAGUACCUCCGGCCCUCAAGAAGCCAUCGCUGCAUGCGAAGAGGACCAAGGACCAAAUCUCUUCAGUCAGCCUGCCUAAUUCGCCGCCUCCUGAAUUAGCCGAUGAAGUCCUUCCUCGGAAGUCUGCACUCAAGAUGCCGCGCAACAAUAGCGCCAAUGACCAAUCCUCUUCUGCUCUGAUCGCCGCAAGUGCUGCCCACCUACAAGAAGCAAGGAGGGCUGCACCAGUUCCCCUGUUACCCAACUCACGAGCACUGCGUCCGCAUUAUGCACACAAAAGUUCCUCUGGCAGCGUCAAGAGUGCCGUGUCGGGAGGACGCACAGAACCCAUCGCAAAGAUGCUUGUCGAAUGCUGCAACUGCAAGUUCUUCCAUGAUAUGCCAUCGAGAGUGUACGAGUGCAUGGCCAAGCCCGACUCGGUUGUCGAAGACAAGCUCCUGGGGGUUUCGGCUGCCAUCACCACGAUGGUGAAGUGUCCAUGGUGCGCCCAUGGUAUGACCACGCAAUGUUGCUCUGGCUACGCUGCUGUGGUCUACCUGAAGGAAAAGCUACACGGAAAAUGA